UGCGCGCGCAUCCAGCAUCAUGUCGGCAGCUGAUCAAGCUCGAGAGAAUCCAUCCGAUGGCAGCUCUCCUCAAUCCAUACAUGAAGCAGAACCGUUUCCGUCUGUAAAGAGCACACCGGCGGAGGAGAUGAUGGUGAUGUCACCAGCACGUCAGGAUGAAGGACAAGACGCCACGCCCAGCAAAACUAUCUCCGGCGGUGGUGGUAAAAUGGCUUCAUCCUCCUCCUCUCUCUCUCCUCCAUCUUCAUCGUCUGGAAGAGCUAAAAUGAGUGUCUGUGGGCCGGGCAGUAAGACAACUCCAACUUCGUCCUCCUUAACAGUGGCUUCUACAGCAAACCCUCCACCUAAAGUCCACCGCGCUCGUAAGACCAUGACCCCUCGACCCCCAUUCGCACAGAUGAAGACUAUAGAGUCUAUGAUUGGACCAACUACACCUGAGAAACCGAACAACAGCAGUAAAACAGACUCUGACACAGCUGUGAAGAAGCGCAAAGUGGCGUUGGACACUGAUGGUGUAGCGCCCCCUGCGGAAACUCCAGAGAAAGUUCUCAGAGCUCAGACAGAACCUCCAUUGACUGUGUCCCCGGCGAUGGAGAAGUUGGAGGCAGUUGACAUGACAAAUAAAGAGCAUCCCAGUGGUUGGUUGGAGGAUCUUGAUGACGAGGCAGAUGAGGAAGACUUUCACCUGCUCUACAACACUUACUCUGGAGACGAUGUCAUUUACUCUGACAGCAAGUCAGAGGAUGGGACGAUGGAAGAGCCGCUGGAGGCGGAGCAUCUGUCUGAUCAUAGCUCCGAGUCUGAUCAGUCAUUAGCUGCUCCGAAGAAAACCGGAGGAGAGAGAGACGAGUCGUCAUGGAAACGUCAGGGAAAGGGUAAAGCAAGAGACAGACCCCCUGUUGGAGCCAUGGAGACAGAUAAAGUGACUGCAGCAGCUGCAGCGGACGACACUGACUACACUGAAGUUCCUCUGGACUCUCUGGAUAUCUCUGCAGCCGACAGCAUCUCCCUCUCUCCACAUGCAGAUGGUAGCGAUGCAGAAACGGAGCGUUUGGAGGAACUUCCUCUGUGUAGCUGUCGAAUGGAAGCUCCGCGGGUGGACGGAUUCAGUUCCCGCUCAAAUCGAACCUGCAUGGCCAUCGAGAGCAUCAAUGGAGAGUUGGUGGGCUGUACCAGUGCGAUUGUGAAGGGGGAGACGAUGCGUCCCUCGAGUCGCGUGUCUCUAAUGGUCCUGUGCGAGACUCAUCGCUCACACAUGGUCAAACAUCACUGCUGUCCGGGCUGCGGAUACUUCUGCCUCUCUGGAACGUUUCUUGAAUGUUGUCCGGACAUCCAUAUUGCUCAUCGGUUCCACCGUGGCUGUGUGUCUGUGCUGGGUGGUGGGCGGAGUCGAGGAGGAGUGGGCAUCGGCCUGCUGUUCUGCCCACACUGUGGUGAGGACGCGUCAGAAGCCCGUGAGGUCACCAUCCCUCUUACAGCGGCAUCGGGCAGUAACGUCAUCACGGCGAGUGCAUCAUCCACCACAGCCACGCCCUCUCUGCAUCCCUCCGCUCUCGCUGUGACAUCACGGUUGCUAAACAACGAGAAGCGGACAGGAGAGCCAAUCAAUGCCCGGAUGCGUUGCCGUGGUGAUGUCCGAAAGGGGGCGGACCUACAGCCUCAAUCAGCCAAUGCCAUUCCAGGAGGGGGCGGGACAGAGGAUGUGGUCGCCCUGGGCGACGGUGGUGUGGACAGCGUGGGACCCUCGCUCGUCCUGCCCAAUGGGAAGCCGAUCUGUCCCAGUGCGCUUCCUCCUGGAGAGAAAAGGGCGGCGCUACAGAGAGCCAUUCUCACGCAGGACACCGAGAGGAGGAAGAAGUUGCGGUUUCACCCCCGUCAGUUGUAUCCUGCAGCCAAACAAGGUGAAGUUCAACGAGUUCUGCUCAUGCUCAUGGAGGGAAUCGACCCGUCAUAUCAGUCGGACUCUCAGAACAGACGCUGUGCUCUUCACGCGGCCGCUCAGAGGGGUUUACUGGAGAUCUGUUACCUGCUCGUACAGGCAGGCGCAAAGGUGGACGCCCAAGACAAGACACUGAGGACCCCUCUGUUAGAGGCCAUAGUGAACAAUCGUAUAGACGUGGUGAAAUAUCUGAUCCAGAGCGGAGCUUGUGUCUAUCAUGCAGAGGAGGACGGCUCUACUGGUCUUCAUCACGCUGCUAAACUGGGUAAUCUUGAAGUGGUCACUCUGUUACUCAGCACUGGACAGGUGGAUUUAAACGCACAGGACAGUGGAGGCUGGACGCCCGUCAUCUGGGCAGCAGAACACCGACAUAUUGACGUGAUCAGAGCACUGCUCAACCGAGGAGCAAAUGUCACCAUACAAGACAAAGAGAUGAACGUUUGUCUGCAUUGGGCGUCGUUCGCGGGCAGCGUUGAGAUUGCAGAGCUAGUUCUGAACGCAGGAUGCCCGCUGUCAUCUGUGAACCUGCAUGGAGACACACCGCUGCACAUCGCCGCACGAGAGGGCUUCAUCGAUUGUGUCACGCUGUUUCUCUCUCGGGGUGCCGAUAUCGACAUUAUGAACAAGGAGGGCGACACGCCUCUCUCUCUUGCCCGCUGUGACACGCCCUCCUGGGUGGCGCUCCAGAUAAACAGGAAGUUGCGUAGGGGAAUAGCCAAUCGCAUUGUACGAACUGAGCGGAUCAUAUGCAGUGAUGUGGCACAAGGAUACGAGAAUGUUCUGAUCCCGUGUGUUAACGGCGUGGAUGACGAGGGCUGUCCGUCUGACUACAAAUACAUCGCGGAGAACUGUGAAACGUCUGCGAUGAACAUCGACCGCAACAUCACACACCUGCAGCACUGUAGCUGUACAGAUGACUGUUCUUCAAGUAACUGUCUCUGUGGACAGCUCAGCAUCCGCUGUUGGUACGAUAAGGACCAUCGACUUCUUCAGGAGUUUAAUAAGAUCGAACCUCCUCUGAUCUUCGAGUGCAACAUGUCCUGUUCCUGUCACAAAACCUGCAAGAAUCGAGUGGUACAAGCUGGAAUCAAGCAGGUCCUGCAGCUGUAUCGUACGGAGAAGAUGGGUUGGGGUGUCCGAGCUCUUCAAGAUAUUCCACAAGGAACUUUCAUCUGCGAGUAUGUUGGUGAGCUGAUCUCUGACGCUGAGGCAGAUGUGAGAGAAGACGACUCAUACCUCUUUGACCUGGAUAACAAGGACGGUGAGGUGUACUGUAUUGAUGCCCGUUACUAUGGUAACAUCAGUCGCUUUAUUAACCACCUCUGUGACCCGAACAUCAUCCCUGUGCGUGUGUUCAUGCUGCAUCAGGACCUGAGAUUCCCGCGCAUCGCACUAUUCAGCUCCAGAGACAUUUUUACCGGACAGGAACUCGGGUUUGAUUACGGCGAUCGUUUCUGGGAUAUCAAGAGCAAGUACUUCACCUGUCAGUGCGGUUCAGAGAAAUGUAAACACUCCGCGGAGGCCAUCGCCCUGGAGCAGAGCAGACUGGCACGCCUGGAAAACUGUCCGGAAUCUGCCAGUGAACCUGGACUUCCUGUGAUAGGACAAACAUGAUGUGAACAUGACAGCGAAGAGCGUUGAAUGACAGAUACACACAUUCACAGCUCAUAUAUCUGGAGACGCCUGCUUUCUCAGAGGUGUAAAGCUUGUGUUUUUGGCUUCAAAUGAUUGAUGUCUGUUACCCUUUUCAAAAUACCACCUGGAAGUCUUUAUUCAAAUUCAAACAGUACGGAAUUCUGUCCGAAUCAAAUUGAAGCAAAUUCCUGAUCACAAAUUGUGGCAUUCUAUUGGCAUUUCAAAAAACAUUCACUUUGGUUGAUUUGCUUUUUUUA